AUGGAUCCACAAGAUUGGCCUGGAGAGUGUACCUACGACCAGUGCAACCCAGAGCCGACCUAUCCAGAGCCGACCUACUCCGAGUUGUCCUACUGGGCUUAUAAUCCUUCACUCGCUGCAAACUGGAUCUUCUGCAUCCUCUUCGGUCUGUCUACAGUAGCUUUUCUCACCCAGGGUAUCUUUCGCAAGGGAUGGCUCAGCUUCACGAUUGCCAUGACCGCGGGGUGUGUUUUGGAGGUCGUCGGGUAUAUUGGACGAAUCAUGGCGCACAACGGUCAAUACAAAGAGACCCCCUUCCUCAUCCAGAUCGUCUGCCUCACCAUCGCCCCCGCCUUCUUCGCAGCGGGCAUCUACCUCUGCCUCUCGCGUAUCAUACUAGCCUUUGGCGCAGACAUCUCGCGCAUCAAGCCGCUCUCCUACCCACGCAUUUUCAUCCCCUGCGACAUCGUCUCGCUCCUCCUGCAAGCCACCGGUGGAGGUAUAGCUAGCGUCAAGACACACAACGACGACGACCCUAAAACUGGAAACGAUAUCAUGCUCGCGGGCCUCGCAGUCCAGGUCUUCACGCUACUCGUCUUCAUUCUGCUAGCCGUUGACUUUGCCUUCCGGACAACUCGUCGCGUUUGUCGCCAUGGAGCGUCCAGUGCGCUGGACCCUGCGUACUCGAAGUUGCGGAAAUUGAAAAUGUUCAAGGGUUUCCUUGUUGCGCUGACUUUCUCUACGCUGUGUGUCUUUACAAGAUGUGUGUUCAGAGUGGCGGAGUUGAGUGAUGGGUGGGGAGGUUAUUUGAUGAAGACACAAAGGUAUUUUAUCGGGCUUGAGGGUGCAAUUAUCAUUGCGGCGGUGCUGGCGCUGAACAUGUUUCAUCCGGGGUUCUGCUUUGGGAAGGCUACAGGUGUGACGACGAAGCAUGAGAGUCCAAUGAAAGGGGUUGAUGGGGUAUAA